AUGAGCACCACCACUCCUCCAGACCCCUCUUCCGCCCUGCAUCUCUACUCCCUCCCUAACGAGGUCUUCGUUCAAAUCCUCACCCCGUUCUCCAUGUGCGCCCUCCUCCGCCUGGCCACUAUCUCGCACCGCUUCCACGCCCUCGUCCUCCGCAUCCUGCACUACCGCCUCCUCACAUCCGCCUCGCUGCGCGAGUACAAGCUCAUUCUCGAGUGCUUCCAUCCCAGCUCCAAGCUCAUCGAGCCGCACGUCUUCUGUCAGUACCUCGGCACCGACGGGCUCAGCGACCGGCACGAGGGCGCGGGCUCGUUGUAUGAGAAUGUCGAUCCCGCGCAGCGUCUGGGGCGGCUGACAGCGCUGUAUUCGAGAUUUCGGCCCGAGAGGGCCGUCGAUGAGAGGAUUAGUGGGAUGGGAUUGGUUAUUUCGGAUUCCGAUGCUCAAUCAGCACAAGACAGGUUGACCGUCACGCGAAAUGUCAAUCUGGAAACGUUCGAGGAGUUCUCGCAGCUCUGCGUCGUCGUGAACAUCGUCAAGGUCAUGCCGGGGACGCACCUUCUGCUGAGCGCGAAUGACGUCGUGGACGGGGUUGCCCGGCUGUUUCGGGAGUGGUUGAAGGAACAGGAACUAAAUCAUUGCGCUGCUCAUGACGAGGAAGAAGACGAUGAGCUCGACUCUAAUGCAGCUGACGCUGACGCUAAAAACAAGGCUCGGUCUUCUCCCAUGCUCUGGGUCGAUCAGGGCCAGAAUGUCGGUCUGAAGGUCAGAGUGCGCAAGAAGAGACAUCUGACUGCUGGCUUUCCGUUGCUGAUUCAUCGGGACGAGGAGGUGUUGACGAGCUACGAGGUGGACAUUGAAGAAUUGCAUGUACGGACGACGCGGUUACUACUGACUAUGGAGAAGUCGCAGAAAGAGCAGCAGAAUUACAGCCAGGCGGUGAUCUUUACUAGAGGGAUAUGA